AAAAUAGCAAGAUACCUGUCAGGCAUGAUACUUGUCAACACAACAUAAACCAGUAUCAACAUUUGAUUACUGAUAUAACUUAUCAAAAUGUUAUUUCAUUCAAAAUUCCUCAUAUUUAAGAUUGUCUGUAACAUGUUUCAACAAAUGUUGACUUCAGUUUAGUUUUCCAUAGAAAGUGUCGGCUGCGCAGAAAGAUGCGCAUAAAAACUAUAGGAAUUCCCUUUAAAACUCUUAAAAUUACCCGUUAUGAUCUGACGUAAAUGAAACUAUGAAAUUAUUGUUGAUAUACCUGUGCGCUGUAAUACGAUUGGCUAGCGUAGUAUAUUUAAAGUCAAUGCUUGUAACUGCUUGUAACUACUGCAGUCGCAUACCAAUCGUUUAAAGUAGUAGUAACUGCUGGACGUUGAAACAUAAUUUCACUGACCUUCGAGUGUAAAACUUGUGUUGCUGUGUUAAUAGAGAAUAUUGACAAUGUAUUUAGUAUAUAUUUUGUAUUUUAUAAGCACUUUGCUGAUGGCUAUCGAGUGUCUUGCGUUAAAAGACGGUGUAGGAAUAUAUCAAAAUAUAUCAAAGGAACAUGAAAUGAUUAGACCAAAUGUAAGUUCUACGUACUGCAGAAACAAGUUUUUCUGCGGUGGUAACAGCACAAAUUCAUGUUAUUGUGAUUUAUUAUGUGAAGUAAUGGGCGACUGCUGUGAAGGAUUUAAAACUAAUGGAACUGUUGAAAACCUUCCGGCAAAGUCACAGUUCGAUUGUUACAGAAUGCCUGGAUUGUCUGUUGGUAACUCUUUUGGAGCUCUAGUCGUUGCAGCAUGUCCGACGGACAAGACAGAUGAUGGAAGUCGAUCACUAUGUAAAGACAGAAGAAGAAAAGUUGAAAUUAACAAAACAUAUGUUAGUAAUGACGGGGUCGUUUUUAAGAAUUUAUUCUGUGCUUUCUGCAAUGGUAUUCUGCCUCCUGUGUAUAGUCUUCGAUAUUUAAAACUGUGUGCCAGUGAUAGCCUCGAUGAGAAACAGAAUCGUACAGAAAAGUGCAACGAUUUGUACGACAAAAGAGCGCAGAUAGAUUCGAUGCGCUCUUGCCCUCUGAAAGUGAAGGAGAAAUGCCCUUUUAAUACGGCAGUUGACCUGUCACGUAACUGUACUUCAGGGGAAUAUGGAAUUGUGUACGAUUCAUAUGGUAAUAUGUAUAGAAACAUAUACUGUGGUAUAUGUAAUGAUAUACCAGCAGAAAAUCUUUCUUGUGAAAAGGACAAAGUAUACGUAGGAGAUCCAUAUGCAUAUACAAAACUAAUUCAAAAUGAGGAAAUAAGGGUCAAAAUAAUGACACAGUUUACUAAUGAAAAUGUUUCCGAAAAUGAUAGAGGUGGACUUAAUGGAACUAAAAUAUCCAGUUUAAGUCGAGAUAAUGCCAAGAUGUACUUAACAGUGAUUGCACUUGGUAUUUCAAUUGUAUCCUUAGUAAUAACUCUAAUAGUGUAUAAAUGUCUUCCGGUGCUUAUGAACACUCCGGGAAAGAUUACAUUUUGUUUAGCGAUAUCACUGUUCUUUGCACAGUUACUGUUUUUAGUAUCUUCUGAAACCGAGCAAAUGCCGUGGUUGUGUAUUACAAUGGCAACUUUAGUGCAUUAUUUCUUUCUUGCUGCUUUCUGCUGGAUGAAUAUUAUAGCUUUUGACCUUUGGAUGACCUUUGCACAUCAUAUGUUCGACUUCGAUGAAAAACGGAAGUUUUAUUACUACAGUGCGUAUGCAUGGUUAGUUCCAACCAGUAUUGUAACCAUAGCAGUAAUUUUUAACUUUUCAGACGAAGUUGGUACCUUCAGUCCUCAAUAUGGCGAGAAGGGAUGUUGGAUAUUUUCGGAAAAAGCCAAGUUGCUUUUAUUCAUAGGACCUUUGGCGCUUUUUAAAUUGUUUGAUAUUGUUGCAUUUUCUUGUACUGUAUAUUACAUUAGAAAAGCCAAACGAGAAGCAUCAUUUGCAAGAAAGGGAAAAGGGAACACGUGUUUAUUUUUUAUAAAUUUGAAAUUGUCGUUGAUCAUGGGACUCACGUGGACAUUUGCGUUUAUGGCCAAAUAUAGCGACAGUGAGGUUUUGUUGUAUUUGUUUAUAAUUUUCAAUGCGUUUCAAGGCUUCUUCAUAUUUGUGUGUUUUGUAUGUACCAAAAGGGUAUUUAACCUGGUCAGAAAGUCGUUCCGACAUGAAGGUUCCUCAACCACUUAUACCUCGCGUGUAAGGUCAUCUGCUGGUACGAGAAGUACGUCGGUUUAAAGUGAACGUUACUUUUCAAGCUUUGGACGAAAGUGAAUUUUGGUAGAUACAUUACUGGUACAGUUGAAGUAAAGACAACAUAAUUUACCACACAAAAAAUAAACUUGAAUGGUUUUUAUCCAAGAUAUCCAUUAAGCUUAAAUGUAUUCUCCAAACUGAAGUACCUCUUCACCGGACAUAAAAUCAAGUUUUGAUUGACAAAAAGGAAACGGCGGUAACUGCACUUACCCUUAGACUGUUUAUUUCCUGUUUUUUGUUUUAUCAUAAGAUUAUUUUUAAUAUUGUGGAUAAAACCUGAUAAAACAUUUAAACACUUUUAGAUACUUUUCGUAAUUAGUGCAGAGUAUUUAUCUGAAAAGGUAAACUUUAAAAAACUCUCUUUACUUUGAUGAUUUUACACAACUUUGGUAAAGUCACAUAUUAAAAAUUUGGCGUUCAUGUCAUUUAUCGAAACGGUACUUUUUUCAAAAUACACAAAUAUGUAUACGUAAUGCGAAAUUUAAUUUCUUUUUUCGUUGUGUUAUGAUAUUUCACAAAGAUUCCGUAUUACUCCAACUUCACUUCUCUAUACUGAAGCAAGUGACAAGAAAACUAGAUGCCCUUUUUAUCUUAACACACUAAAGUCCCUGCUUUUCAAAUAUUAUUCAAUUUGGUCUAUAAAUAAAGGGAUUUAAUUAAUUAAAGUUCCAUAAUGCUUUAAUUUUAUGUCAAAAAUGGAGCAGCUAUCCAAACAGAGGAUAUGCAUAAUUACAUGGUUAGAAAAGUAUCAUUUUCAAUAUUUGAGCCAUGCCAUGAGAAAACCAACAUAGUGGGUUUGCGACCAGCAUGGAUCCAGACCAGCCUGCGCAUCCGCGCAGUCUGGUCAGGCUCCAUGCUGUUCGCUUUUAAAGCCUAUUGGAAUUGGAGAAACUGUUAGCGAACAGCAUGGAUCCUGACCAGACUGCGCGGAUGCGCAGGCUGGUCUGGAUCCAUGCUGGUCGCAAACCCACUAUGUUGGUUUUCUCAUGGCGCGGCUCAUUUAAUAUAAUCUUGUUCAGUUAGAGUUAUAAAGGUUGGGAGGGAGGGGGGUAAUCGAAAAUAAUGGAUUCAGUAGUACUUCCUACCAUGUUGGUUAAUAGAAAAAUCUUUGACAAAUAUUUGAGAAAGCAAUUAUUAAUAUUGUGAUUUAACAAGUUAUUAAUAUAUCUUAUGUUCAUAACAAAACAUGUGACAGCCACAUUAUAAACAAAUGAAUUAUGACCCUCUAACGCAAAUGCAAAAACCAUUACUUGUGUUUGUAUAAAAGCAAUCAGAUUGUUUCGUUCUAUUUCUUAUUUUUGUGACAAGUCCAUUCUCGAAAGAUACCAAUAGCAAAUCAGAGGGCACGUUAAUACAUGAAUAUGCGUUAAUGACAUUGAAACAUAUAGAACAAUGUAAGCAAUCUACUAACAAAUUUAUUUGGUUAUUGUAAUAUGUUUAUUUCAUUUUUACAAGUCAAAAAUGGUCAUGAAGAAAGCUAUACACUUUUUCCUCAAUACUGACCUUUCCCACCUUUACAAGGAACAUACAACUUAAAACAGCCAUUUUACAACCAGGACGAAUUAACUGGCCAUUUUAAUAGAAUGGACUUAUUGUUCACAUUAGCAGUGAUAACAAGCAGACUUACAAUAACUGCCUUCAUUGGUUUCUACUAGUUGCCAAACUACUAGAUCAUAUAUAUUUCACUACCAAGUUUUACCAUGUGGUAUAGAUUACAGACGUUGUUCUGACUUUAAAAAGAUGCUAAGUCAUUGGUCUUUGUAAUUAAUACGUCUGUACAUCUGCGGAUGGCUCUAAAUUAUAUCCUAAUACUUAUAACAUGUGUAAAUGUUGAGUUCUGCUCAACCCGGGGAUUAAGGGCGUGGAGGAUAGCUUGCAUCCCAAUUACCAUCCAUGAACAGGUUCAGUCAAACCGAGCCUGCAACAUUUUCGUUUAUGUCGUGUUGGACGACCUGUGGUUUUCCACUUUUGUUAUUUUAUUUACGCAGUCAAAAAUUACUAAAUCAUUUUCACUUAUUAUUCUGUACUCAGAUGUGAGAUGAAUUUUCAUUGAAAAUGUAUCCUCUAUCUAUUGCAACAAUGGAACGUUUUGAAUCAUUUCGACUACUAGUGUUUAACAAGAUUUUAAUAUAGUAGGUAUUGUGAUGUCAAUUAUAUACCUACAUAUAUAUCAUAUUUGUUUAUAUAAGUACUUUAGUAAUAUAUUGUUUGUACAUUGAUACUUUAUUAUUUUUGUCAGAAAAUAUAUUUACUUAUUCGAUGCUAGCAUUUAACGGUCUUAAGGCCCCAUAUUCAUAACUUGCUUGCACAUGUACAUGUAGUAAAUGUAGUUAUCUAUGUACAGUACUUAUUUUUAUUUUGUACAUUGAUCGCCAAUGCAUUUUGGUUUAAAAUGAUUUUCCUCUAUCAGAUGCACAAAACACUCGCUUUGGAUAUUUAACAGAUAACUGUUUUACAAUCUUUACAAGAUUUACAAGUUAUUUCUUUAAUUUCUUAUCAAUAAAUAUUUUGUUAUAAUGUUUAUCACGUAAUGCAUGUUUAUAUAAAAACUGAAGGUUUAACCUACUUGUAAAGAUUCUUGCACGCAUAAGAAAUAAUGUUCAUGGAAACCAACAAUUGUGACACUUAAAGGAAGCUGUAUCCUAUGAAAGCAGUGCAUGCUAUAAAUCUGUAUCAAUAAAUCUAUAAUAAAAAGUUGCAUGUGUUUCGUACAUUGUACGAAAAUAGUUUUGUUUUUACAUUUAUGUGUAUAUAUCACUUGAUUAUGUUCUGAUAUUGUCACUUUAUAGUAUGUUUUAUAUGAAUAAAUUCGGAAUGUUUGUCCUA